AUGACUUCUUCCACUAAUAACACCUUCUCCGGCGAGCCCAAGAAGACCUCAGGUCAAUUGCACUCCACUAAGGGCAACGUAGUCGAGUCCAUUGGCAACCUGACCGGCGUGUCUUCCUGGCAGCAAUCUGGGAAGCAAGAGCAUGCCGCGGGCGAAGGCGAAUACAAGGCCGCUCAGUCCAAAGGCUAUGCCGAGGGUACUACCGACCGUCUCGCGGGAAAGAAAGAUUCGAUCGUCGGCGCUGUGACUGGCGAUAGAUUUCAAGAAGUUGCAGGAAACGUCCGCCACGAUAAAGGAGAGGCUCAGCAGGACAUCAAUCGCAAUGUCUAG